CGCUAUCGUUUUAUCCGCUUCCCACUCCCUAUUUCAGCCGCAGCUAUUUGACGCUCGGUGCGCAGUGCGCUCAUACAUCACACUCUCUACUCUUUCUUUUCUACCUUUCCUCUCUCUCUCUCUCUCUCUCUCUACGUCUCUCUACCGCCACCUUCCUAUCUCUUUCCUCAAUACUCCAUCCUUUUUAAACCCCACCUUUCUUUUUCUCAACUUCUGCCCAGAAAUGCCCCCCUUUCUCUCCUCAUUAACCCACCGAGUUAAAAGAAAAACGCGUCUGACUCACCGAUUUCCAAGACGCGGUGACUGACGUUAUUGCAUAUGUAGGUAAAGCUCCUCUCUUCCUUUUUACAGUCUUGACUCCUCAAGAUCUGAUCCGGAAUUAGGAUCAGACGAAGGGGUUUCACCGCAAGAUGGUCGCCGAAUCUUGGUUCGGCCGCUUUUUUCGGGCUACCAAGAAGAAGAAGAAUGGGGUAGCGGCCGAGGCCGACAAGGCUUUGAUCGGCGUCUUGUCUUUCGAGGUCGCGAGCCUGAUGUCUAAGCUCGUCCAUCUCUGGCAGUCUCUUGGUGAUGAUCGAAUCGCCAGGCUCAGGGACGAGAUCCUGAGCUCUGAGGGCGUGCAGAAGCUCGUCUCCAAUGAUGAGGAUUUCCUAGUCAGCCUCACCGUUGCAGAGAUGCUUGAUGCGUUCGGGUUCGUCGCGCGGGCCACCGCACGGCUUGGGAAGCGGUGCUGUGACCCUAUCCUACGGGGAUUGGAGCCUGUCUUUGAUGAUCUGAUCAGGAGCAUCACAGUAGGGCCUGCCGUGGCCGCAGAUCCUUAUGGCUGGGAGUUCACCUGGAAGAAGAUGGCACGGAAGGUGAAGAAGAUGGACCGGUUCAUUGCGGCCAGCUCGAGUCUGUACCAAGAGAUGGAAGUUCUGGCUGAGCUCGAGCAGGGACUGAGGCGGAUUCAGGGGAGCGACAGUGAUCCGAACCGGGUUGCGAGUUUGAACGAUUUGCAGCAGAAGGUAGGUUGGCAGAGGCAGGAAGUGAAUAAUAUUAGGGAGAAUUCACUCUGGAGUCGGACCUACGAUUACACCGUCCAUCUCUUGGUUCGGUCUCUAUUCACGGUGUUUGGCAGGAUCAAGCAUGUUUUUGGGAUACACCAACAUCAUCCAACACUGUCUGCUGUCACGGGGCCUCUGAAUUAUCUCCCUCGCAGCCAGUCAAUUUCAGGGCUCUUGCAAUCAACGGUCCAUCCUUCUGAAGUUAGUCUGACGAGGUUCGCCUCAGGUCCUCUUGGAAGGGUGCCUGGUACCAAGUCAGGCCCGCUUUAUAUGUCCAGCAGUGGGCAACUGCGGUCAAAGACCAAGCGGAUGGUUCCUGGGAGCCGGCCAUUCAGAGGAUGCAUGACGGGUGGCGGUGGAAAUGAGUCCCCAGUGUUGGAGAGUUACAAGCCAGUCAGGCGCAUGCAUCCGAGAUCGAAUGGUGUUGUUUCGGGAAUCCUUAAACCAGCUGCUGAUUCGGAAGAAUCCGCCAUCCAUUCCGGCGUUCUUAAUUCCAAUUCAUCCUUCUUCAGUUCCAGGUACAGGCUGUUGUCAAACGCCCCUCCUUCAACCCUCGGUGCUGCUGCGUUAGCUCUCCACUAUGCGAAUGUUAUCAUUGUUAUUGAGAAGUUUGUGACGUGUCCCCAUCUGAUUGCGCCCGAUGCAAGGGACGACCUGUACAAUAUGUUGCCCACGAGUAUAAAAGCGGCCCUGCGGGCCCGGCUGAAAUCAUAUGCCAAGAGUCUGGUUUCGCCAGUUUAUGAUGCAGUCCUCGCUGCAGAGUGGACUGAUGCGUUGGGAAGGAUAUUGGAAUGGUUAGCCCCACUUGCUCACAACAUGAUAAGGUGGCAGUCUGAGCGGACAUUCGAACAGCAGCACCUGGUUUCGAGGACAAAUGUGCUUCUGCUGCAGACCCUCUUCUAUGCGAAUCAGGCAAAGACAGAAGCGGCAAUCACAGAACUUCUUGUGGGUCUGAACUACGUCUGUAGGUUUCAGGGAGAACAUAAUCAGAAAGCCUUAUUGGAGGCUGCGGGCAGCUUAGAUUUUGGUGAUUAUUUGGAUGCAAAUGGAUGAUCCUUAUUAUCUGCUGUCUUGUAGCUGAUUCCUGAUAACCUCUUCUGUUGCCUCGCGUUAUAUCCAUUUUAAGGAGCUGUAUCUGGGUUGAAAACUUUGAAAUUUUGCGAGGGUCAUCUUGCAAAGUUCAUCUGCAAGGUGUUGAGCCAAUGAUAUGUUUUCCCGACAUGGUUACGGAAAUAUGAGUUUUCUUAGAAAAAGGGCUGUCGAGUUUUCUAUUCAUUUGAAUUCUUUGAUACCAAGUAAGAUUUCCGGCAAUUGAAAGUACUGGUUGAGCUUCUGAAAAUUUUCUUCUCAAGCAAACUGCGACCGUGUUUCUUUCUUCACCAUUAACGGGCCUUUCGUGAAGCAUUUUGUCACUCUGCCACAUAUUUUGCCCGGCCUUAAUAGUAGAUCAUAUGAGAACAGAGAAAUGCAAAAUCCAUACAGAUGGACCAUGUGCUGUUGUGAUGAGGAGUCAAGUGAAUCUUGUGCUUCUUAAUUGUUUGGAGCUAGGAAAGUUUGGGUGGCUGUUAUGUUGAGAUUUCGCAGUUUCGCGUAUCUUGGGUGCUUCCAGAGUUUAAAAAGAGUUAGGUUGUUGGUUGGUCAGGGAAACCGUGGGGCUACGUUGGACGGCUGUUUUGGAAGACUCUGGAUCAUUUUACCCUGUGGGCUCCAUGGAUUCAAAGAAAUAAUAGGAUUAUCAAGGCCAAGAUAACUCUGAUGACAGCAAUUAUGAAGAAAAUUUUCAGGACCUGCAGGUAUUGGAGGGAUGGUUUGUGAUGCCAGUGGGAACUUACUUAUAAGAGUUUUGGGGCUGAUUGGAAUCAACGACUCCAACUUUGCUAAAGCCACAGCCAUAUUCCAAGGCGUCAAG